UGCUUUAUCUCUGUGCGGUUCCACCUCCUACCCUCUGCGCAUGCUCGACUUUUAGACCCGCGCUUUGCCUUCUCGGUUCCCGCCUCCUCUGUGUUCGAAAAACGGACAGCAUUUUGGAGUCCCUGCCUUUUGGUGCAUUGCACAUACGCUGCUGAAAACUUGCCGUUGUUUUCCCCGGGAAGCUGCAGAACGAGGCUCGUGUGGACUGGAGAGAAGCUGCGCCCGCCGUGCCUGUGCAGGACCAGUGCAGGUGUGCUCUCCAAAUUUCGGCAAAGCAGUGAAAGACUGACCGGGACUAACCGAACCCCCUGUGCCUUCCCUUCGCUGGCGAGCACCAGAGGCAGAACUACACUUUCUCUGGGAGGAAAGGCUGAAUUGUUUGGGGUCCCCCGCCUUCUGCAGUUUUAAUAAAACCAUGGUGCGACGUUCCCUCACGAAGAAGAAGGAAAGUGGAGCUGAAGGACGGAAGAGACGAAAGUUGGAGGCGGAGGAAGCCAAGAAGUUGAGCAAGUUCUUCAUGUCUUUCUUUGAAAAGCCCGGAACAAGUAGUUCAUCACCUUCCAUGGAGUUGCCUGCACCUGCUACGAUUUUGUUAGAAUCUGAAAGUGGAGCAAGUACAAAUGCGUCACCAGCCGAGGAUGAGGAAGUCAAGUCGGAGAAGUUCGAGUAUGACGAGAUUAAGAGUGAGGCUGCCACAGAGAACAUGGACAUGACAGGAGGGGAAGGUGGUGGUGAUAUUGAGUUUAUUGAUGAGAUUUUACCUGACAAGACUGAACCUGAUGUCACUGAACCUAGUAAACUGGAUGGUGUCAAAAAGCCUCAAACUGUCAUACUAGAAGUGAUUGAACAACAUGACAUUGGACUUCUGAAGUUCGACAAAGAUACUGGAAAAGCAAUUCUGCCUGACACAUUGAGAACAGAAAUAAUAAAGCUGGGUUCAAAGUAUUUCCAGAACAGUGAGGGGCCUUUCCUACCAACAAAUAACCGCUCAAUGAGCAAAACUUGGUUCAAGAGGAAAUUGGGAAAUGGUCAUGGUGUGGAAGUGACUCGCUCAUGGCUGGUCUAUUCCCCUUCUAAAAGGUCUGCAUUUUGUAUCUGUUGUCUUCUCUAUUCCCAGUCAGGCCAUCAGUCCUCAUUGGAACAGGAAAGUGGAUUCAACCACUGGAAAAAACCAGAAAGGAUUAGUGUUCAUGAAAAGGCCGAGAAUCAUCGGAAGUGCUUCAUACAGUGGAAAGAAAUGGAAAGAAAUUUAGUUAAAAACAGAGGAAUUAUUGACGCAGUACUUCAGCCACAGAUUGCAAAAGAAAAGCAGGAGUGGCAGGAUAUCUUGACGAGAAUCCUUCACUGCAUAAAAUUCCUUGCGACUCAGAACCUGGCAGUACAAGGACACAGGGAGUCACUUCAGCUAGGCAAUGACGACUCCAAUGUAGGAAAUUUCCUUGGCUUAUUGAAACUACUGGCCAUCUUUGACCCUGUCAUGAAAGAACACCUCACUCAUAUGGAAAGUCAUCCUGGAUCCACAUCUUAUCUUUCACCGGGUGUCCAGAACGAAUUCAUCCACAUGAUGGCAUCCACUGUUCGCCAGAGUCUGCUGAGCAGCAUUCGUAAGGCCAAGUACUAUGGUCUCAUGUUAGACUCAACUCCUGAUAAGGCACACAGUGAGCAGAUGUCAGAAGUAGUGAGAUAUGUGGAAAUUGAUUGUGAGAGGAAAGCAGUCCAUGUUAGAGAGUCCUUCCUUGGUUUUAUCCAGGUAAACCGGAAGGAUGCUGAGAGCUUGGUUGAAGACAUCUUGAAACAGUUAGAGAAGGAUGAAAUGGAGCUACAAGAUUGUCGGUCACAGUGCUAUGACAAUGCUGCUGUGAUGGCUGGACACAGAAGUGGUGUUUAUCAAAGAAUAAGUGAGAAAAACAACCUGGCAGUGUUUGUGAGUUGUGACUAUCGCUCACUCAACUUGGUGGGUGUACAUGCAGCCGAACAGGAUACAAUGAUGGCCACAUUUUUUGGAACCAUCGAAGCUCUCUAUGUGUUUUUCUCUCACUCAACACAACGCUGGGAAAAACUCAAAAACGCCGUGCCUGUGGUUGUUGAGUCAGAGUCUGAAAGCAGGUGGAGUGCAAGGGCAGAAGCAGUGAAGCCUGUCAACAAGUACCUUAAGGAGAUACUUCAAGUUCUUCAGGACAUGAUAGACAAUGAAAAUGAGACCAGUGAAACAAGAAGUGAUGCAAGGCAACUGUACAACUGCAUGUUGAGUUACGAUUUUCUGACUUUGUUAGGAUUCUGGAACAAAGUACUCAUUCGCAUUGACCAUAUUCAAAAGAGGCUGCAGGAUCCUAGCACUAACUUCCACGAUGCUGCCCUGGAAUUGAAAGCCCUCCGGGAUCAUUUUGAUGAUGAAAGAGAAGUGUUGGUCAGUAAGUCACUCGAAGAAGGACUUGGUCUCUGUCAAGAAUGGAAUAUUGCAGUUGAAAGAUAUCAGAUACAAAAGAAACAAAUGGCUGAUGAGAACUCAAGAGAUGCUGGGUUAACAGCUAAGGAGGAAAUGGAAAGAGUCAUGAAGGGAACACUCGACCAUCUUCACAGAGAAAUGGACGAAAGUUUCACUCAUUUGCACAACACAGACGCCAAGUUUGGCUUCCUUCUCGAUAUCGAGGGACUGUGUUACGGUGCCAAGAGAAAUGACCUAAAGAAGAAGUGCGAAAAUUUUGCUGAAUUGUACAGCUCUGAUGUUGAUGGUGGAGAGCUAUAUGAAGAAAUUUUGGAUUGCAGAAUGUUGCUAUCAGUUCGGACCAACAUGAAAAUAUCAAGACCUGAAGAGCUUCUCAAAUUUCUUAUUCAGUAUGGAGAUAAGAGCGUCUUCCCCAAUCUUUGCAAUGCUAUUCAGAUAAUGCUAACCAUUGUAGUUUCCCUUGCCAGCUGUGAGAGAUCAUACAGCAAGCUAAAACUAAUACUUCCGUAUUUGAGAGCCUCUAUGGGUCAAGGUGGACUCUGUGACCUUGCUCUGCUGAGUGUAGAAAGAGAAGAAACGGAAAAAACUGACUUUGAUCACAUAGUAGACCAAUUUGCAUCAGUGAAAGCAAGGAAGGUGCAGUUAUAAUUUUCAUGUAGUGCCAUAAUUUGUUGAUUAAAAGAUUAAUUGCAUUUUUGAGCUGAUAUUAUCGAAAAGUUAUCUGAAAGAUGGAUGUCAGUCAGAUGUUUGGACAGGGGUGCAAUUUCAGUGCUUGCCCUAGGUACUAUUUUCUAGAGACGCCUCUGGUUGAGUGCAGACACUAGAUACAGAUGCUGCUUAAGUGCCAUCUUCACAGUGUGCUUAUGAUCUCCACAUAGUCUACCAUACCAGUAGCCUUUAAUAUUGGUGCAAAUGGCAUUGCCCACUGGGCCUGUGCAUUUGUUCUGGAACUCCUUGUUCAAUAACAUGCUCAGCUCUUCCUCAUUUUUUUCAUGCAGAUCAAAAGGCACAUUCUUGGUUUUCAAGCAAAUUGGUGCAAUUGAUUUUUAUGCUCUUUUUUACACUCCCAGUUUUGCAGACACCACAUAGGGAAAUUUCUUAACAACUUCUGAAAGCUGGCCUGCAGUAUGAGUUCCCUGGACAGUUUCAUACAGAGGGAAAGAGAAGGGGCUUGGUAGUAAAGCAUCUGCUUUGCAUGCAGAAGGCCCAGGUUAGGUCCCUGGCAGCAUCUCCAGGUAGGGCUGGCAGAGACUGCUGCCUGUAACCUUGGAGAGCCACUGCCAGUCCGUGUAGACCAAGGAUGCUCAAAUUUGGCCCUCCUGCAAAUGUUGGCUGUUGGCCACUGUGGCUGGGGAUUAUGGGAGUUGUAGUCAAAAAACCAGCUGGGGGGCCUAAGUUGAACAGGCCUGGUGUAGACAAUACUGAGCUAGAUGGAUCAAGGGUCUGGCUCAGCAGAAGGCAGCUUCCUGUGUUCCUCAAGAAGCGAUUGUGCUGCCCUUCUGUUAUGCUGAGCGGAAGCUUCCUCUGAAAGCAGCCAAACUGCACGUCCACAAUACAGCUUACAGCAAGAUCAGUGGCAGAGAACAUGCUUUGCAUGCAGAUUAAAUGUCUGUUACCCCACAGGCAGUAGGGUUGCCAACAUUCCAUUGCCUGAACUCUUGGUAACACAAGUCCGGUGGAGUGCAUGUGUGUCGUGGGGGCGUCAUCCCAUGGGUAAUCAGAAGCCUGAGUAGCAAUGCAUUUGUAACAGCAACAAAACAGCACAAGCCCCAUGAGAUCACAAAGCUUCUUGUUCACACAGACCAUCCCACUUAGACAUGGAGCAAGUGAUAGGUGAAAAAUUCAGAAAAUCCCUCAGCUUUACACACACACACACACACACACACACACACACACACACACCAUCUUCCCAUUUUGCCAUGGCUGUCACUGAAAGCCUCACUGAAAGGUUGCUUUAUAUGCUAGAUGUGGUGAGUCAGUUAGUGGGAGCCUGUGGCUCUGUUUGCAAUUGACAAGGAAAUGUUUUGAAAGAUGUAAACAAACCCGGCCAAUUGUUUGCAGAGCAAUUGGGGCUUCUUUUGGGAACUUUGUUGUUUCUUUCUCAUUAUAAUAUGGACUUCAGCCAGACUUCAAAGGGUUCAAAUGCACUGAGGGAUGAGGGGGAGCCUCAGGCUCUUCCAAGAAUAUGAGGGAACAGUGUCUCGUAAGGGACAAGCACUUUUUGCUUCCGAUAUGGGACCUUCUUGUAUAAUACGGGACGGCUGGCAACACUACCGGGCAGAGCUAGAAACAGAGGUGGCCCAAAGCUUUGCAGGACUUGAGGCAAGGCACCCAGUGUUGCCUUGCCCCACAUCCUUUGUGGGGUCCAGUCCAGCCCCCCUUUGAAGCCAACCCUUGCAAGUGCUCAGGGAGAAGGGAAGCUUGCUGACAGCCUCAUCUUCUUUCCUUGCGCUUCUUGCAAGCUCUGCAAAGAGUAUAAGGAGAAGUGUGCCAUGCGAAGCUUGCAAGGGUCAGAUUGGUCCUGAAAAGCUGCUCCAGUGGUGACAAGGGGGGUGGGGGAAUCUUGCUGUUCUGCUGUACGGUUGCCAAAUUCAAGCUUCCCAAAUUCUGAUACACAGUCUUCAGUGAAAGGCAGGAUUACAAGUGAUGUAUGGCAAAUUAGGUAUUGAAGUGCACAGCUUGACAUAAGCAACCCCAUUUUGUUUAACUGGUCUCAAGGAUCUGCUUUGAGCUUUGUCAGUAGUUCUUGGAUCUGUUUACUGGUACUUUUCCCUUUGCUUAAAGUCAGAGUAACCUUUCAGCUAGUGCUGAAAGAUAAGGCUGGGAUGGACCGGCUGGCAGUCUGCACACGUUUCCUAACCUUGGUUAGUCACGAUGAUGAGCUUGCUAUGCGGUUGCAUUCUGUAGAAUAAUUUUGACUAUAAAUAUAUUGCUUUCUGUAUGAGUCUGGGUCCUGCUCUUUGACAUGAGUCGAGCAGCACCUUUACUGCUUAAGAGUAAAUAAAGCUUUGCUCGUAA